ACUGGGGCCCACUCCCUCCCGGCCACCAGCCCGCCGCCGUGCCAGCCCCCAGGAUGGGUGCCCUGAACGGGUGCCUGGUGCUGGCCUGGGUCCUGGCGGCCCUGCUUUUGGUACAGGAGACAGAGACCCAGAGCAGCGUGGAGCCCAGCCAGCCAAGCAGAGAGGCCGCAGAGCACAGCCGGAGGGUGGACGUCGCCUGGAGCAUGACCGUCAUUCCGCCUGUCUCUGUCUUGCCCACCAUGAGCUCCCGGAACCCCGCGCACAACGGGCGUGUCUGCAGCACCUGGGGCGACUUCCACUACAAGACCUUUGACGGCGACAUCUUCCGCUUCCCCGGCCGGUGCAACUACGUCCUGUCCGCGCACUGCGGUGCCGCGUACGAGGACUUCAACGUGCAGCUGCGCCGCGGCCUGGCCGGCUCCAGGCCCACCAUCACCCACGUCGUCCUCAAGACCCAGGGGCUGGUGCUGGAGGCCUCCAACGGCUCCGUCCUCAUCAACGGGCGGCGAGAGGAGCUGCCCUACAGCCGUGCAGGCCUGCUGGUGGAGCAGAGCAGCGUCUACGUCAAGGUCACUGUCCGGCUGCUGCUGACCUUCCUGUGGAACAGAGAGGACAGUGCCCUGCUGGAGCUGGACCCCAAGUACGCCAACCAGACAUGUGGUCUGUGCGGGGACUUCAACGGGCUCCCGGCUGUCAACGAGUUCUACUCCCUUAACGCUAGGCUGACCCCGCUGCAGUUCGGGAACCUACAGAAGCUGGACGGGCCCACAGAGCAGUGCCAGGACCCCCCGUCUUCCCCGGCCAGCAACUGCACAGACGUGGAGGGCGUCUGCCGCCGCACCCUGCUCGGCCCGGCCUUUGCGGAGUGCAACAAGCUGGUGGACCCGACUGCGUAUGUGGCCGCCUGUACCCAGGACCUGUGCCGGUGCCCCUCCUGCCCAUGUGCCACCUUCGCAGAGUACUCUCGCCAGUGCGCCCAUGCGGGGGGGCAGCCCCAGGACUGGAGGGGCCCCGACCUCUGCCCCCAGACCUGCCCCCCCAGCAUGCGGCACCAGGAGUGCGGCUCGCCCUGCGCCGACACCUGCUCCAACCCCCAGCGCUCCCAGCUCUGCGAGGACCACUGUGUGGACGGCUGCUUCUGCCCCCCAGGCACGGUGCUGGAUGAUGCCACCCACCAGGGCUGUCUGCCCCUGCAGCAGUGCCCCUGCACACACGGGGGCCGCACGUACGCCCCGGGAGCCUCCUUCACCAGCAGCUGCCGUGCCUGCACCUGCUCCGGGGGGCUGUGGCAGUGCCAGGACCUUCCGUGCCCCGGCACCUGCUCCGUCCAGGGUGGGUCCCACAUCUCCACCUACGACCAGAGGCUCUACGACGUGCACGGGGACUGCAGCUACGUCCUGUCCAAGACGUGUGCAGGGAGCAGCUUCAGCGUGCUGGCCGAGCUGCGCAGGUGCGGCCUGACGGACAACGAGAACUGCCUCAAAUCGGUGGCGCUCAGCGUGAACGGCGGGGACACGGUCAUCCAGAUCCAGGCCAAUGGCGGGGUGUUCGUGAACUCCAUCUACACCCAGCUGCCCGUGUCUGCAGCCAACAUCACGGUCUUCCGGCCCACGUCCUUCUUCAUCCUGGUGCACACGGGCCUCGGGCUGCAGCUGCGGGUCCAGAUGGUCCCGAUCAUGCAGGUGUUUCUCCAGCUGGACCCGUCCUACCACGGGCGGACGUGCGGCCUGUGCGGGAACUUCAACCAGAACCAGGCCGACGACUUCCGGACCCUCAGCGGCGUGGUGGAGGGCACGGCUGCCGCCUUUGCCAACACCUGGAAGACCCAGGCCUCCUGCCCCAACGUCAAGAACAGCUUCGAGGACCCCUGCUCCCUCAGCGUGGAGAAUGAGAACUACGCCCAGCACUGGUGUUCCCUGCUCACCGACCCGGCAGGAGCCUUCUCCCGCUGCCACUCUGUCCUCAACCCCGCGCCCUUCCACUCGAACUGCAUGUUCGACACGUGUAACUGCGAGAAGAGCGAAGACUGCCUGUGCGCCGCCCUGUCCUCCUACGUGCACGCCUGCGCGGCCCAGGGGGUGCUGCUCCGCGGCUGGAGGGACGGCGUGUGCGCCAAGUAUGUGAGCAGCUGCCCCCAGUCCCAGAACUACAGCUACGUGGUGGACGGCUGCCAGCCCACCUGCCGCGCCCGGAGCCAGGUCGACGUCACCUGCAGCGUCCCCUUCCUGCCGGUGGACGGCUGCGUCUGCCCCGCGGGCACCUUCCUGGAUGACUCGGGCGCCUGCGUGUCGGCCGAUGCCUGUCCCUGCUACUUCCAUGGCUCCGUGCUGGCCCCAGGGGAGGUGGUGCAUGACGAUGGUGUGGUAUGCUCGUGUGUGGCCGGGAGGCUGAGCUGCCUGGGAGCGGCGGAGCAGCGGAGCUCAGGGUGUGUGGCCCCCAUGGUGUACCUGGACUGCAGCAACGCCUCGGCGGGCGCGCCCGGGGCCGAGUGCCUCAGGAGCUGCCACACGCUGGACGUGGACUGUUUCAGCACCCACUGUGUGUCCGGAUGCGUCUGCCCCCUGGGGCUGGUGUCGGAUGGCAGCGGGGGCUGUGUGGCCGAGGAGGACUGUCCCUGCCUGCACAACGAGGCUGUCUACAAGCCGGGGGACACCAUCCGGGUGGACUGUAACACCUGCACGUGCAGGAACCGCCGGUGGGUAUGCGGCCACGAGCCCUGCCUGGGCACCUGCGUGGCCUAUGGGGACGGUCACUUCAUCACCUUCGACGGGGAGCGCUAUGGCUUCGAGGGGACCUGCGAGUACACGCUGGUCCAGGACUACUGUGGGAGCAACGGCACGACCAACGGGACCUUCCGCGUCGUCACCGAGAACGUCCCCUGCGGGACCACGGGCGUUACCUGCUCUAAGGCCAUCAAGCUCUUCCUGGAGAGCUACGAGCUGGUCCUGCAGGACGGCGGCUACAGGGUGGUGCAGUGGGGGCCAGGCGGAGAGCCGCCCUACAAGGUCCGGUACACAGGCAACUACCUCACCGUGGAGACCCGCGGCGGCCUCGUGCUGUCCUGGGACCGGAGGACAAGCGUGUUCGUGCGGCUGACGCAGGACUACAAGGGCCGCGUCUGCGGGCUGUGCGGGAACUUCGACGACAACGCCAUCAACGACUUCACCACGCGCGGCCAGUCCGUGGUGGGCAGCGCCCUGGAGUUCGGCAACAGCUGGAAGUUCUCCCCGGCCUGCCCCGACGCCCCGGCCCCCCGCGACCCCUGCGCCGCCAACCCGUACCGCAAGUCCUGGGCCCAGAAGCAGUGCAGCAUCAUCAACAGCGCGACCUUCGCCGCCUGCCACCCUCAGGUGGACCCCGCCAAGUACUACGAGGCCUGCGUGGGCGACGCGUGCGCCUGCGACUCAGGAGGCGACUGUGAGUGUUUCUGCACGGCCGUGGCCGCCUACGCGCAGGCCUGCCGCGACGUGGGCGUGUGCGUGUCCUGGCGCACCCCGGACACCUGCCCCCUGUUCUGUGACUACUACAACCCCGAGGGCCAGUGCGAGUGGCACUACCAGCCGUGCGGGGCGCCCUGCAUGAGGACGUGCCGGAACCCGGGCGGCCGCUGUCUGCACGACCUGCCGGGCCUGGAAGGCUGCUACCCGAGGUGCCCGCCCAGCGAGCCGUUCUUCAGCGAGGACCAGAUGAAGUGCGUGGCCCAGUGUGGCUGCUAUGACGAGGACGGGAACUACCACGACGUGGGCGCCAGGGUCCCCACGGCAGAGAACUGCCAGAGCUGCGAGUGCACAGCCGGCGGCCUCCGGUGCGCACACAGCCUCACAGCCUGCACCUGCGUCUACGAGGGCAGGACCUACCACUACGAGGACGUCAUCUACAACACGACCGACGGGCUCGGCGCCUGCUUGUUGGCCAUCUGCGGACAGAACGGAACCAUCCUCCGGCGGGCUGUGGAAUGUCCCGGAACCCCGUCCACAACCCCUUUCACCUUCACCACCACCACGGUCCUGCUCUCCACGCCAGGCUCAGUUCCCACCGUCACCACCGUGUGUGUGCGCGAGUUCUGCCUCUGGUCCGACUGGUAUGACAGCGGCCCCCCGGAGCCCGGCAUGGCGGGCGGAGACUUCGAGACGUUUGUGAACCUCAGGCAGAAGGGCUACGAGGUGUGCCUGGCCCCGGUGAGCGUUGAGUGCCGGGCACGGCGACUCCCUGACACCCCACUACUGCAGCUGGGCCAGAAGGUGGAGUGCAAUGUGGCCUGGGGGCUGACCUGCUUCAACAGCGAGCAGAGCCCCCCGCUCUGCCAUGACUACGAGCUGCGGGUCCUCUGCUGCAGCUACCUGCCCUGUGGCUCCUCCCCCGGGGCCACGACCACAGCCCUCGGCACCACCACCUCCCCCGGGGCCACGACCACGGCCCUCGGCACCACCACCUCCCCCGGGGCCACGACCACGGCCCUCAGCACCACCACCUACCCUGCGGCCACGACCACGGCCCUCGGCACCACCACCUCCCCCCGAGCCGCCAGCUGGCAGCCACUGGCCAGGUCCACCCCUGCCACGGAGACCCCGCCGGCAGAGACGACCAUGACAGGGACCUGGGCGUCGAGCAGCUCCCCAGCCUUGGCCACCACCUCCUGCCAGCCCCGAUGUCAGUGGACGGAGUGGUUCGAUGUGGACUACCCCAAGUCUGAGGAGGCCGGGGGGGACGUUGAGUCGUACGACAAGAUCAGGAGCACAGGAGGGGCCAUUUGCGAGCAGCCUGUGGACAUCGAGUGCCAGGCCGAGAACUUCCCCGGCAGGAGCGCUGAGGAGCUUGGCCAGCGCGUGCACUGCGAUGUCGAUUUUGGCCUGGUGUGCAGGAACGAAGAGCAGGUAGGCCUGUUCAAGAUGUGCUACAACUACAGAAUCCGCGUGCUGUGCUGCCGCCAAGACCAGUGCGCGGGGCCCACCCCCGGGACACAGACACUGGCCACUGCGCAGACCACAGGCGGCCCCUCCAGGGAGACCCCACAAACACACACGACAGGCACUGUCCCCGCCGGCCCCCCGUCCAGCCCACGCACAGAGCCGCGCACGACCGCAGCAAGAAUGUCGCUGGGAACCCUGGGAACGGCCACGACGGCCGCCACCCCCAGCCAGAGCACGGCUGGCUGUCAGCCCCAGUGUGAGUGGACAGACUGGUUUGACGUAGACUUCCCAACCUCAGGAGUAGAGGGCGGGGACUUGGAAACCUUGGACAACAUCAGGGCUGCGGGGGGCACGCUGUGCGAGGAACCCCAGAAGAUUGAGUGCCGUGCAGAGAACUACCCCGAGGUCAGCAUUGACCAGAUCGGACAGGUGCUCAGCUGUGAUCUGCACACGGGGCUGGUCUGCAAGAAUCAGGACCAGAAGGGGCCUUUCAACAUGUGCUUCAACUACAAUAUCCGUGUGCUCUGCUGUCGCCCGAGCCUGCACUGCCCCAGCACCCCCACCCCUGGGGGCUCCACAUCUCUGGGGAAAGAAGCCACAACCAGAGCAUCCACCCAGACCCAUGUCUCCUCCCCUGGGACCAGCCAGGGGGUCCCUGUCUCCACCACCCAGACCCUUCCUUCCCCUGCCAGGACCACAGAGAGGGUCUCCAGCCCCGGUCCCUCUGCCUCCCCGGGGACCCCGACCAUAACCACCACCAAGCCCACCUCACCCCGUGCACCCACCACGGUCCCCGAGGUGACCUCCAGACCGUGGACCUCCCCCGGGUCCCCGCCCAGCACGGCCACCUUCGGGACCACGCUGCUCUCCACGCCCCCGCUGCUCAGCUCGGCCACGCACGGCCCGGCCGCCUCGUCCUCCACGGGCUGCAGCCCACGGUGCAUGUGGACAGACUGGUUCGACGUGGACUACCCCACGCCGGGCCUGGAUGGUGGGGACUUCGAGACAUUCUCAGUUCUCCGCUCAGCGGGCCACGACUUCUGCCAGCGCCCUCAGGACAUCCAGUGCCGCUCGGAAAGGGCGCCGCACGCGCGUCUGGAGGACCUGGGGCAGGUGGUGCAGUGCGACGUGAGCUUCGGGCUGGUGUGUCGCAACCGGGAGCAGCCGGGACCCCUGCGCUACUGUGACAAUUACCACGUGCGCCUGCUCUGCUGUGAGGACGACGGCCGCUGCCCCAGCCCCACCGCCCCCGAGCCCACCACGCCCUCCCGGGGGACGCCUGUGCCGGAGACCACCAGCUCUCCGCCCGGCACCACCGUGGGCCUCUCCCCGGCCGCCUCCAGGGCCACAGUGCCCACGGGCAAGACCGAGACAUCCCCACCUGUGACCUCCAGCCACACACAGACCCCCACCUCCCCCAUGGCCAAGUCCACGGCCUGUGAGCCCCGCUGUGCCUGGACAGACUGGCUGGACGAGAGCUACCCGGCGCCGGGGGCCUCCGGUGGGGACUUCGAGACCUACGCCAACCUCCGGGCCACGGGCAAAGCCAUCUGCCAGCAGCCGCGGGCACUGCAGUGCCGGGCGGAGGCGCAGCCAGAGACACCACUGGAGGAGCUGGGCCAGGUGGUUCGGUGUGGCCUGGAGGAUGGCCUGGUGUGCCGCAACCAGGACCAGGCCGGCCCGUUCCACAUGUGCCUCAACUACCAGGUGCGCGUGCUCUGCUGUGAGGGCGACGGCCACUGCACCAGCACCCUGGCCACCACGGCCCUCAGCUCGCGGGGCGCCGGCCCGGGUCCGACCCCCGUGCUGCCCACAAGCACCAUGGUCCCCAGUCCUCCAGUCCCCAGCACCGGCCGGACCACGAACACCGCCACGUGCCGGCCCACCUGCCGCUGGACCGACUGGCUGGACAGUGAUCAGCCCCGGGCCGGCCGCUACGGGGGUGACAUUGAGACCUACUACCACAUCCGGGACGCAGGCGGUCAGCUCUGUGCGGAGCCCGAGGCCAUCGAGUGCCAGGCUGUGCUCUACCCAGAUGUGCCCUGGGAGCAGCUGGGUCAGGAUGUGCGUUGUGACGUGAACUACGGACUCAUCUGCAGGAACAACUGGCAGACAGGAGGCCGCACCUGCCUCAACUACCGCGUGCGGGUGCUGUGCUGCGAUGGCCCCGGCCACUGCGCCACACAGCCCAGCACGGAGCCGGCCGCCGCCAGCAGCUCCAGCACACGACCAACUUCUUCAGGGGUCACUAGGCUGCAGACAACGGCAACCCUCCCGUCUUCCCCGGAGACCACGCUGGGUGGUGCCACCUCCCAGGCUGGCCCGUCUUCCCCUGGGACCACCCGUGGGGUUCCUGUCCCCACCACCCAUAUCCUUCCUUCCUCCCUGAGGACCACCCAGACAGGCCCGUCUUCCCCUGGGACCACCCUUGAGGUCCCUGUCUCUACCACCAGCACCAGCAUAGGCAAAACGUCAUCGGGAGGCAUUAGGCUGGGGACCACGACCACCCACCCCACCUCCCCUGAGACCACACAGAGAUACACUGUCUCCACCACCCAGAUCUCUCCUGCCUCCCCCAGGACCACCCAGAUGGGACCCUCUUCCGCUGGGACCACCCAGGGGGUUCCUGUCUCCACCACCCAGAUCUCUCCUGCCUCCUCCAGGACCACCCACACAGGACCCUCUUCACCUGGGACCACCCAUGGGGUCCCUGUCUCUACCACCAGCACCAGCAUAGGCCAAACGUCAUCGGGAGGCAUUAGGCUGGGGACCACGACCACCCGCCCCACCUCCCCUGAGACCACACAGAGAUACACUGUCUCCACCACCCAGAUCUCUCCUGCCUCCCCCAGGACCACCCAGAUGGGACCCUCUUCCGCGGGGACCACCCAGGGGGUUCCUGUCUCCACCACCCAGAUCUCUCCUGCCUCCUCCAGGACCACCCAGACAGGAGCUUCUUCCCCUGGGACCACCCAUGGGGUUCCUGUCUCCACCACCCAGAUCUCUCCUGCUUCCCCCAGGACCACCCAGGCGGGACUCUCUUCCCCUGGGACCACUCAGGGGGUUCCUGUCUCCACCACCCAGAUCUCUCCUUCCUCCCCCAGGACCACCCAGAUGGGACCCUCCUCCCCUGGGACCACCCAUGGGGUCCCUGUCUCUACCACCAGCACCAGCAUAGGCCAAACGUCAUUGGGAGGCAUUAGGCUGGGGACCACGACCACCCGCCCCACCUCCCCUGAGACCACACAGAGAUACACUGUCUCCACCACCCAGAUCUCUCCUGCUUCCCCCAGGACCACCCAGGCGGGACUCUCUUCCCCUGGGACCACCCAGGGGGUUCCUGUCUCCACCACCCAGAUCUCUCCUUCCUCCCCCAGGACCACCCAGAUGGGACCCUCCUCCCCUGGGACCACCCAUGGGGUCCCUGUCUCUACCACCAGCACCAGCAUAGGCCAAACGUCAUUGGGAGGCAUUAGGCUGGGGACCACGACCACCCGCCCCACCUCCCCUGAGACCACACAGAGAUACACUGUCUCCACCACCCAGAUCUCUCCUGCCUCCUCCAGGACCACCCAGAUGGGACCCUCUUCCGCUGGGACCACCCAUGGGGUUCCUGUCUCCACCACCCAGAUCUCUCCUGCUUCCCCCAGGACCACCCAGGCGGGACUCUCUUCCCCUGGGACCACUCAGGGGGUUCCUGUCUCCACCACCCAGAUCUCUCCUUCCUCCCCCAGGACCACCCAGAUGGGACCCUCCUCCCCUGGGACCACCCAUGGGGUCCCUGUCUCUACCACCAGCACCAGCAUAGGCCAAACGUCAUUGGGAGGCAUUAGGCUGGGGACCACGACCACCCGCCCCACCUCCCCUGAGACCACACAGAGAUACACUGUCUCCACCACCCAGAUCUCUCCUGCUUCCCCCAGGACCACCCAGGCGGGACUCUCUUCCCCUGGGACCACCCAGGGGGUUCCUGUCUCCACCACCCAGAUCUCUCCUUCCUCCCCCAGGACCACCCAGAUGGGACCCUCCUCCCCUGGGACCACCCAUGGGGUCCCUGUCUCUACCACCAGCACCAGCAUAGGCCAAACGUCAUUGGGAGGCAUUAGGCUGGGGACCACGACCACCCGCCCCACCUCCCCUGAGACCACACAGAGAUACACUGUCUCCACCACCCAGAUCUCUCCUGCCUCCCCCAGGACCACCCAGAUGGGACCCUCUUCCGCUGGGACCACCCAUGGGCUUCCUGUCUCCACCACCCAGAUCUCUCCUGCCUCCCCCAGGACCACCCAGAUGGGACCCUCUUCCGCUGGGACCACCCAGGGGGUUCCUGUCUCCACCACUCAGAUCUCUCCUGCCUCCUCCAGGACCACCCAGACAGGACCCUCUUCACCUGGGACCACCCAUGGGGUCCCUGUCUCUACCACCAGCACCAGCAUAGGCCAAACGUCCUUGGGAGUCAUUAGGCUGGGGACCACGACCACCCGCCCCACCUCCCCUGAGACCACACAGAGAUACACUGUCUCCACCACCCAGAUCUCUCCUGCCUCCUCCAGGACCACCCAGAUGGGACCCUCUUCCGCUGGGACCACCCAUGGGCUUCCUGUCUCCACCACCCAGAUCUCUCCUGCCUCCCCCAGGACCACCCAGAUGGGACCCUCUUCCGCUGGGACCACCCAGGGGGUUCCUGUCUCCACCACCCAGAUCUCUCCUGCCUCCUCCAGGACCUCCCACACAGGACCUUCUUCACCUGGGACCACCCAUGGGGUCCCUGUCUCUACCACCAGCACCAGCAUAGGCCAAACGUCAUCGGGAGGCAUUAGGCUGGGGACCACGACCACCCGCCCCACCUCCCCUGAAACCACACAGAGAUACACUGUCUCCACCACCCAGAUCUCUCCUGCCUCCCCCAGGACCACCCAGAUGGGACCCUCUUCCGCGGGGACCACCCAGGGGGUUCCUGUCUCCACCACCCAGAUCUCUCCUGCCUCCUCCAGGACCACCCACACAGGACCCUCUUCACCUGGGACCACCCAUGGGGUCCCUGUCUCUACCACCAGCACCAGCAUAGGCCAAACGUCCUUGGGAGGCAUUAGGCUGGGGACCACGACCACCCACCCCACCUCCCCUGAGACCACACAGAGAUACACUGUCUCCACCACCCAGAUCUCUCCUGCCUCCCCCAGGACCACCCAGAUGGGACCCACUUCCCCUGGGACCACGCAUGGGGUCCCUGUCUCCACCACCCAGACCCUUCCUUCCCCUGCCAGGACCACAGAGAGGGUCUCCAGCCCCGGUCCCUCUGCCUCCCCGGGGACCCCGACCAUAACCACCACCAAGCCCACCUCACCCCGUGCACCCACCACGGUCCCCGAGGUGACCUCCAGACCGUGGACCUCCCCCGGGUCCCCGCCCAGCACGGCCACCUUCGGGACCACGCUGCUCUCCACGCCCCCGCUGCUCAGCUCGGCCACGCACGGCCCGGCCGCCUCGUCCUCCACGGGCUGCAGCCCACGGUGCACGUGGACAGACUGGUUUGACGAGGACUACCCCAUCCCAGGCCUGGACGGCGGGGACUUCGAGACCUUCUCGGUUCUCCGCUCAGCGGGCCACGACUUCUGCCAGCGCCCUCAGGACAUCCAGUGCCGCUCGGAAAGGGCGCCGCACGCGCGUCUGGAGGACCUGGGGCAGGUGGUGCAGUGCGACGUGAGCUUCGGGCUGGUGUGUCGCAACCGGGAGCAGCCGGGACCCCUGCGCUACUGUGACAAUUACCACGUGCGCCUGCUCUGCUGUGAGGACGACGGCCGCUGCCCCAGCCCCACCGCCCCCGAGCCCACCACGCCCUCCCAGGGGACGCCUGUGCCGGAGACCACCAGCUCUCCGCCCGGCACCACCGUGGGCCUCUCCACGGCCGCCUCCAGGUCCUCGGCACCCCGCACCUUGCGGCCAGUGACAGUGAGCACCUCGCCCAUGUCCGUCCUCACCACCCCGGGGCCGCCUGUGUCUUCCAGAGGGAACCUCACCACCCGCUGCUUCUGCCGGGCGCUGGGGCAGCUCUUCUCCCCGGGGGACAUCGUGUACAACAAGACGGACGGCGCGGGCUGCUCCUUCUACGCCGUCUGCAGCCAGCACUGUGACAUUGACCGCUUCCAGGAUGCCUGCCCUACGUCCCCGCCCCCGGAGGCCUCCUCGACGCCAGCGGCCUCGCCCUCCCAGCCUCAGGGCUGCGACCUCCUCAUCCCUCCCCGACAGGUGAACGAGUCCUGGACCCUGCCAGACUGCACAGUGGCUCGGUGUGAGGGCCACAACCACGUGGUCCUGCUGGGGCGGAAGCCGGUGGCCAGCAUCCACUGCGUGAACGGACACCCGCCGGUCAGAGUGUCGCAGGACAAUGAGCCAUGUGACUUCCACUUUGAGUGCGAGUGCUCCUGCAGCGGCUGGGGGGGCUCCCACUACACCACCUUCGACGGCACGACCUACUCCUUCGCGGACAACUGCACCCACGUGCUCAUGAAGGAGAUCCGCCCGCGCUACGGGAACCUCAGCAUCUCCAUGAACGGCUACUACUGCGGGGCCGCCGCCGCCGCCGCCCCCUGCCCCCGUGCCCUCAGCGUCCACUACAAGUCCAUGGAGGUCAUCCUCACCACCCACACCGGCGCCCACGGGCAGGAGCAGAGCCUGAUCCUGUUCGACCAAACGCAAGUGGGCUCGGGCUUCAGCAAGAACGGCGUGAGUGUGUCGGUGGCGGGCACGACCGCGAUGACCAUUGACAUCGCCGCGGCUGGUGUGAGCGUCACCUUCGACGGGCAGGUCUUCCACAUCCAGCUGUCCUACAGCCGUUUCAGCCACAACACCGAGGGCCAGUGCGGCACCUGCACCAACAGCCGGACAGACGACUGCCGCCGGCCGGACGGCACCAUGGCCGCCACCUGCCAAGACAUGGCCCACCACUGGCUGGUCCCCGAGAGCGGCCGGGAGGGCUGCUUGGCGCCUACCCGCCCGCCCCCGACGGCAGGGACCUCGCCCUCCGCGCCCACCACGCCCGCCUCGUCCCCAUGCCCCCCCGCGCCCCUCUGCGAGCUGCUGCAGAGCCCGCUCUUUGCGGAGUGCCAUGCCCUCAUCCCCCCGGACCCGUUCGUCAGCUCCUGCGUCAGUGACGGCUGCCAGGCCGACGACCCCCGAGCGCCUUGCCGGAGCCUGGAGGCCUACGCGGCGCUCUGCCGUGCCCGGGGCGUGUGCAGCGACUGGCGGAAUGCCACCAACGGGCUGUGCGACGUCACCUGCCCGCCCGACAAGGUGUACCGGCCGUGUGGCCCUGCACAGCCCGCGUCCUGCGACUCUAGGAGCCAGAGCGGAGGGGGCAAGGGGCUGGCGGAAGGCUGCUUCUGCCCCGACGGGCUCACCCUCUUCAACACGCACACGGAUGUCUGCGUGCGCGCCUGCGCCUGUGUGGGACCCGACGGCUUUCCCAAAUCCCCUGGGGAGCGCUGGGUCAGCAACUGCCAGGCCUGCCUGUGCCACGAGGGCUCCAUGUCAGUACGGUGCGCCCCCGUGCCGUGCGAGCCCCAGGAGCGGCCCCCACAGUGUGGACGGGCUGGCUUCGUGACCGAGACCAGGCCUCUGGCCAACAACUCCUGCUGUCUGGAGACGCUGUGCGUCUGCAACACAACCACGUGUCCCCAGAGCCCACCCAGAUGCAGGCCAGGAGAGGAGCUGAUUCGCACCCAGAAGGACGGUGACUGCUGCCCUACCUUCAUCUGCCGACCUCUGCUGUGUUACUACAACCAAACCGCCUUUGGGAUCGGGGCAACCUUCCCGUCGCUAACUCCCUGCCACACGUGCACCUGCCUGCCUGGGGACAGCCAGGGCCCAACCGUGCAGUGUGAGGAGGACACCUGUAACACCACCUGCUCCCCGGGCUCGGAGUACCGGAAGGUGGACGGACAGUGCUGUGGCGAGUGUGUGCAGACGGCCUGCCCCACGGAGGACGGCCAGCUGGUCCAGCCCAGCGAGACCUGGGUCAACAGCCUGGUGGACAACUGCACCGAGUACCGCUGCCAGGUCAGGAAUGGGCUCCACGUGCUCAUCACGAGGGCCACGCCCUGCGCCAACAUGUCCAGCUGCCAGGGCAUCCUCAGGAAAACGGGCUGCUGUUUCUCCUGUGAGGAAGUGGACCAGUGCCAGGUCCACGUCAACAGGACCAUCCUGACACACCAGGGCUGCGCCACCCAGGCCCCGGUCAACGUCACGUUCUGCGGGGGCUCAUGUCCCGGACUGUCCAAGUACUCCGCGGAGGCCCAGGCGAUGGAGCGCCAGUGCACCUGCUGCAGGGAGACGGAGGCUCACGAGGAGGUGGUGACCCUGCGGUGCCCCGACGGGACGGCCGUCCGCCGCACCUACACCCACGUGGACAAGUGCAGUUGUGCCCCGGCCUGUGUCCACUCGCCCAAGGUGCCCGAGGACAGCACCCCCAUCCUCCUGACCUAGGGGUCCACCACUGUCCGUUGCCAUUCUGACCCCCUCCUACCAGCCCCCCCACCCCAUCUGGAGCCGGGACACAUACCGCCCAGCCACCGAGAGCUUGGCCAGCCUGCUGCAGGGGCCCGGGCACACUUGCCACCUGGGCGCUCACGGGACCUGUGCCUUGGGGGUGAGCCCGGAGGGUGAGGGCACAGUGAGGACCUGCUUGACCGGAGCUCUGGGAGGAGCCUUGCCCUCAGAGCCCCUCCAGCACGUCUUGGCUGCUGUCUGGCCGUCAGGACCUGCCCCUCACCUGAGACGAGUGUCUGCACCACCCGGACUCACCCUUCUUCGUGCCCGGAGGAUGCCUGGAGCCACCGUGCCGACCGCUGCAGCAGGUUCCUGCUGGCCACCUCCUGCAGCAGGACGUGGGCUGGGGCCUGUCCAGCGGCCGCCAGCUGCCUCUGGGGAGCAGCGUCAGGUCCAGCGUCAGGUCGGAGGGCUGGCUGUCCGUGCCCACGUCUGAACCUGGGCCUGGGGUGACCAUGGCUGCUGGGAGGCAGGCCAGGGAGGGGUCGGCGCUCUGCACCUCCUCCGCCCACCCUGUCCCCGUCCUGCAAAUAAACACUGAGCAUCGUGUACA